AAAUCUAAGUUGUUUACAGAAAUUAAAAUUAAUUAUCUCUACUUUCAUUCCCUAUUUUUAAUUAGGGCUGUGAAUCAUUUAAUUUUAUUUCCCACGAUGUUUUGUGCUAAAUACUUGGUGAUUUUUGCGAUCGUAGUGAGUGGUGCUUUUGCACGAAAUAAUUGGGAAUCGAAUAUCGAAAGAGAAGGGAAAAAUGCAGCUGGAAAUAUGCUAGUUCAAGUUGCAAAAGAACUUGUACAGCGAUCAGCUUCAACUAGUCAGGUUCUCAACUUAAAUCUUUCGAAUUUAUUACUGCUACUAGUUUUAAAAGCAGUUGUUUUCGGCGCUGGAUAUUUAGGAGGUCAUAAUAAUUACAACGCUCGUGGUUUAGAAGAUGAUAGUGUCGUAUCGGAAGCAGAAGUCGCUUUAGCAGUCGGAUACUUGAUUGGAGACACUUGUUUAUACAGGGCAGCUUGCGAGGUGCCACAAAUAGCAAAAGAAUAUUUAGGAGCAGCUGAGAUGAUUAUCAAUGCUAUGAAAUUAAUUCCACAAACUUCAACAGUGGAUCAAAAAUACGAGAGAAAAAUGGCCGAAUUCCGAAAAGCCAUAGAAUAUGGUUCGAGAGGUCAAUGCCCAUCAGAAUACAACUGUAAGAAGGAAAAUAUAAAACGAUUUUUGCGAACUCAAUGAUUUUAGAAUAUUGAAAUACGAUCUAUUGAUCAUUUGGCU